AAAUACUUUAAGGUUAUGAUCGCAUCAGAUUCUAAACAAGAAUUUACGUGUGAAUUAUGUAAACAUACAUUUACAAAUAAGAGAAUAUUUGAAACACAUCUGUUCUGUCAUAUUAGAAAAAAACUAUUUUGCUGCACAACCUGCAAUAAGAAGUUUUUGUGGCAAUUUCUUUUGCGAAGACACAUGAAAGAACACAAAACUAGAAAUGAAAACGAAAUCUCUCACAUAAAUUUACGUUUGCAGCUAUCUGGAAAUCGAGUGAAGUCAUUUUCAAGAAAUGAUAAAGUUCAUGCAUGCAAGAUAAGUGGAAAAGAAUAUAAGUAUGAAGAUCGACCUAUCAAAUCCGAUAUUUAUAAUAAGAAUUUUAAAAGGAGAAGGCAACCGAAACGCUAUAAAAAAACAUACAGUGAAGAACGUCCUUUCAAAUGCGAUAUUUGUAAUAAGGGUUUUAAAUGGAAAGGGCCACUAAAAAUCCACCAAAAUAUUCAUAGUGAAGAACGUCCUUUCAAAUGCGAUAUUUGUAAUAAGGGUUUUAAAUGGAAAGGGCCACUAAAAAUCCACCAAAAUAUUCAUAGUGAAGAACGUCCUUUCAAAUGCGAUAUUUGUAAUAAAAGUUUCAAAUGGAAAGGGUCACUAAACAGCCACCAAAAUAUUCAUAGUGAAGAACGUCCUUUCAAAUGCGAUAUUUGUAAUAAGGGUUUCAAAUGGAAAGGGCCACUAAAAAUCCACCAAAAUAUUCAUAGUGAAGAACGUCCUUUCAAAUGCGAUAUUUGUAAUAAAAGUUUCAAAUGGAAAGGGGCACUAAAAAGCCACCAAAAUAUUCAUAGUGAAGAACGUCCUUUCAAAUGCGAUAUUUGUAAUAAAAGUUUCAAAUGGAAAAUGCAACUAAAACGCCAUUACGAAACUCAUACUGAUGAACGUAACUAUUUUUCUUAGGUAUGUAAGAAAAGGUUUAAUAAAAAUGUUUGAUAGCUUAUAAAAUCGUUCAUAAUAAUAAAUUCAAUUGUACUUGUGAUAUAACAUACAAAUAUAUUAAAACAAAACACUAUUUGGCAUCACGAAGUAGUUUAUAAUCAAUUUGUCCAUACUUGUGAGGUAUGUAAUUAAAGUUUUCAACGCGGUUCUAGUUUAA